AUGAGAGGAGUGGUGCUGGCCGAACUGUUGCUGCUGGGCAUCGCCGUCGGGUUCCAGCGGGGUCCUCACCAUCCGAGGGCCGCCGUGUCUGGCGAACCGAGAAUCGAAAGCCACCAUCGCGAGCACCAACACCCCAAGCCCAUGGGCGACACGAAGUUCACUCAAGACAAACCGAUACUGCACGACAAGAGACACAUUGAAGAGGAUCUUGGACUUCCGGACUUAGAUGAUAGUAAUUUAACAGAUGAAGAAUUGGAAUUUAGAUAUUUCAUUGCUCAUGACUAUGAUAAAAACACAAUGCUUGAUGGAUUAGAACUAAUGUCUGCAUUUGCUCAUAACAUGGAAAAUUAUGGGGAUACGGAAACAAAAAUAUCAAAUUUAGAAAAUUAUACAGAUUUAGUUGAUCAAAUACUGUAUGAUGAUGAUACAAACUAUGAUGGAUUUCUCAGCUACACUGAAUAUGUGAUUGCCAAGAACAAGCAUUUACAAAAUGCAUAA